GCCCCGGGGGGCGGGCGGCGGGGAGACUGAGCUUCCUGUCCGGCAAAAGGAGGCUGAGGUCCGAGUUCAUCAUCUCCGACGUGUUUCCUCCACUGUCCAGUGGGGAUAACAGUAGCACCUCCCUUGCAAGGCUGUUAUGAGGAUCAGGCCAGCUUAGCACAGUGCCUGGCAUAUGAACUGGACGAUCGGCCUUCGGGGCCAGCCUGUCCCAAACUUUGGGAUCAUGUUUGCUGACAUGGAUUAUGACAUCGAGGAGGAUAAGCUUGGCAUCCCCACAGUGCCCGGGACCGUGACGCUGCAGAAGGAUUCCCAGAACCUGAUCGGGAUCAGCAUCGGGGGCGGGGCCCUGUACUGCCCCUGCCUCUACAUCGUCCAGGUGUUCGACAACACCCCCGCAGCCAUCGAUGGCACCGUGGCGGCCGGCGAUGAGAUCACUGGGGUCAAUGGGAAAUCGGUCAAGGGCAAAACCAAGGUGGAGGUGGCCAAGAUGAUCCAGGUGGUGAAGGGAGAGGUGACAAUUCACUACAACAAGCUCCAAGCUGACCCCAAGCAGGGCAGGUCCCUGGACAUUGUUUUGAAGAAGGUGAAACAUCGGCUGGUGGAGAACAUGAGCUCGGGGACGGCGGACGCGCUGGGCCUGAGCCGGGCCAUCCUGUGCAACGAUGGGCUGGUGAAAAGGCUGGAAGAGCUGGAGCGGACCGCCGAGCUGUACAAGGGUAUGACGGAGCACACCAAGAGCCUGCUGCGGGCCUUCUUCGACUUGUCUCAGACGCACCGAGCCUUCGGAGACGUCUUUUCGGUGAUCGGCGUCCGUGAGCCUCAGCCGGCGGCCAGCGAGGCCUUCGUGAAGUUUGCCGAAGCCCACCGCAGCAUCGAGAAGUUCGGGAUCCGCCUCCUCAAAACCAUCAAGCCCAUGCUGACGGACCUGAACACGUAUCUCAACAAAGCCAUCCCCGACACCCGCCUCACCAUUAAGAAAUACCUGGACGUGAAGUUUGAGUACCUGUCUUACUGCCUGAAGGUGAAGGAGAUGGACGACGAGGAAUACAGCUGCAUCGCCCUGGGGGAGCCCCUGUACCGCGUGAGCACCGGCAACUACGAGUACCGCCUCAUCCUGCGGUGCCGCCAGGAGGCCCGCACGCGCUUCGCCAAGAUGAGGAAGGACGUGCUGGAGAAGAUUGAGCUGUUGGACCAGAAACACGUCCAGGACAUCGUGUUCCAGCUCCAGCGUUUCGUGUCCACCAUGUCCAAGUACUACGACGACUGCUACGCGGCCUUGCGGGACGCCGACGUCUUCCCCAUCGAGGUGGACCUGGCCCGGACCACCCUGGCCUACGGCCAGAAGGACCUGUACACGGAGGAGGAGGAGGACGAGGGGGCGGCCGCCCCGGGAGAGGCCCGGGGGCCCCGAGACUCCCAGGAGGAGAACGGCGAGAAGCUCAUAGACAUGCCCGAGUGACCUCCCGGAGCCCCAGGUGGGGUGCGGGGCUGCUGCGGGGGGGGCCGGGAGGGGACCCCUGGACCGACCGCCCGAGGUGACUGAUAAAGACCCGCUGGUGUGGGGGCUGCCGUCUCAUCUCUGCUCCUCCGUCCCAGACCGGGGGGGGACCCAGCCGCAGUGUCCCCCUCCACCGGCCCGGCUGUGGCUCCCCCCGGGACCCCCAGUCAUUACCCAUCUAGUGUCUCCUCCCCAGCUGGGGGGAGAAGGGAAGGAGAGAAAAAGACCCGUCCCAAGGAUGAGGCCGGGCAAGGGGCCGAGCCCCAACCCGCUUUGCAUCUCCUGAGCUGCCCUCAGGGAGGGGCCUCCUCCCUCCCCCCUGCCCUAAUCUGGCCCCCCUCCCAGUUUCUGGUCCUCCCUGGCAGGCCUGGGGGAGGAGGUAGAGGCCAGACCCCCUCCACUGCCGGGGGCCAGGCCCGCCUUUCCCACCCUACUUGCCCCCAAAGCAGCUGGGGGGGGGCAGCUUCACUUGGCUUUCCCCCACUACUCUUUGAAACUGGGUCUCCUCUAACGUGGGCCAGCCCCCCAAGGUUCUGCUGUGGGAUGGGGGUGACCAGACCUCACACUCAGGGGCGUCCCUUAUUUAUUCGGCUCCCCCCGGCCCUCCGCUUGUGCUCUGGGGCUCCGGUGCCUUGGGCUGGGGCCGGGGAGGGGGCCGGGGGUUGGGAAUCCUGUACUUAAUAAAGAGAAAGCUGCAUUA